AUGGAGGUACACAUUGGACUUGGGGGGGUGUACAAGCAGCCUCCCGGGAAGAUGAUCCGGGGAGCCUUCGAAAACCUGUUCCUGAGUGUGCGCGAAGCGCUGCAGGGGGAGCGCAGAGCGGCUGCACUAGCAGAGGGAGCCCAAGCAGCUGCUGCCUGGGGGGAGAACCGGGGCACACACCUCCCUGCUCCGCCACCUACAACCUGGAGUGAAGCUUCAGAAGUACAGCCUCUGCCCUCGUGGACGGACCCCAGGGAUCCCCACCAGACCCCCAGCUGGGGGGAGACUCAGUCAGGAGAAGCCCCCCGGAGUCCUCGGACGGAGGGAGCCCAAUUCCUCGUGCUGAGCGGCUGUCCCACCGAGCUCAAAGAGAUCCUGGGUGGCCAAGGAGGAGGCAUGCUGGAGCCCGAGGAAGGAGCCUCAGAUCAGCCGCACAAGGAAAGUUACACGGGAGCUCCACAGGGGAUCUCUGACACCGCCAAGGAGCUCUGUAAAGCCGUGUCCGUGUCCCUCGGGCUGACCAUGGAAGCGCUGGAGCAUCUGAGCUCAGAGGAGGAGGCGCAGAGGGGAGACUGCAUGUUCGCCGGGCCGCCUGCUCAUCCCCUGGACACCCACAAGUGCCAAGUGGGAGAGGAGGACAAGAGUGACACCUCAUCCCCCCAGUACCGUGAGAGGGCAUUCAGGAGGAGCAGCCAGAUCAACUUCCCCGCUGGCAAAGCCCCAGAGAAUGGCACAGUAAUGGGCACCAAGGACAAGGAGCAGCCUUGUACAGACUUGGCACUGCCAGAGCACGGCUGCUUCAGACCCCGUGGCAUGGAGCUGACCCCCAGCCUCACUCUUUAUAAACCCACAGCCUUCAUGGAAGAUGCCCCUGCUUUCCCUGGCAGGGACUAUUACAGCUUUCAGAUGGCACUGGCACCUCAUGGCAGAAUCAAGGUGGAGAACGCCAUGGAUUACCCUGGCACUGCCUGGGGGACACCGGGCAGAUACAGCGAGCUGUCCGGCUUUGCCCACUGUGGCCCACCUGCCCACUGGCACUCUUUAUUUGAAGAGGGACAAUCCAGUGGUUCUUAUCCUGAGACAGGCCUAUAUAACUACCAGCGUGGUCAUGUGCCCCCUGGCACCGAGGGCGACUUCCCCCCGGACACUUGUUACCCAGGACCAGCAAUGUUGAGCAGAGGGCUACCCUAUGGCAGUCCUAUGAAGAGUGAGAUGUCCCCUUGGAUGGAGGGUUACCCAGGAGCCUUUGGAGAAAUGAGAAUGGAGGCUGGCAGAGAUCACUUGCUGCCCAUUGAUUACUACUUCCCACCACAGAAGUCCUGUAUGAUUUGUGGGGAUGAAGCAUCUGGCUGUCAUUAUGGGGCACUUACCUGUGGCAGCUGCAAGGUCUUUUUCAAACGAGCAGCUGAAGGGAAACAGAAGUACCUUUGUGCCAGUCGCAAUGACUGUACGAUUGACAAAUUUCGAAGGAAAAACUGCCCAUCUUGUCGUCUGAGGAAAUGUUACGAGGCCGGGAUGACAUUAGGAGCUCGCAAGCUGAAGAAGUUGGGGAACCUUAAGGCACAGGAAGAAUUGGAGGGAUCUUCUGGGCCAGGAGAAACCAGCAGAGAGAUGGCCCAUAGCAUGUCGAUCCCACAACUUGAGGGCUACAGUUGCCAGCCUAUUUUCUUGAAUGUUCUGGAGGCAAUCGAACCUGUUGUGGUGUGUGCUGGGCAUGACAACAACCAACCCGACAGCUUUGCACUGCUCUUAAGUAGUCUCAAUGAGCUGGGUGAGCGGCAGCUGGUUCACGUGGUAAAGUGGGCAAAGGCAUUACCAGGUUUCCGUAACCUACACGUAAAUGACCAAAUGACCGUGAUACAAUAUUCCUGGAUGGGACUCAUGGUCUUCGCAAUGGGCUGGAGGUCAUUUAAAAAUGUUAACUCUAGGAUGCUAUAUUUUGCCCCAGAUCUUGUCUUCAAUGAGUAUCGCAUGCACAAAUCUCGCAUGUACAGUCAAUGUGUGCGAAUGCGUCAUCUCUCACAGGAGUUUGGAUGGUUACAGAUCACCCCAGAGGAGUUUCUCUGCAUGAAAGCUCUCCUUCUUUUCAGCAUUAUUCCAGUGGAAGGUUUAAAGGACCAGAAGUGCUUCGACGAGCUGAGGAUGAAUUACAUCAAGGAACUUGACCGCAUCAUCUCCUGUAAAAGAAAUAACCCAGCAGCAAGCUCAAGGCGUUUUUAUCAACUCACCAAAGUCCUGGAUUCAGUGCAGCCUAUUGCCCGUGAGCUGCACCAGUUUACAUUUGACCUGUUUGUAAAGGCACAGAUGGUGAGCGUGGAUUUCCCCGAAAUGAUGUCUGAGAUCAUUUCUGUCCAAGUCCCCAAGAUCCUCUCCGGCAGAGUCAAGCACCUCUACUUCCACAACUCAUGAAAGACUCUCUGGGCUUCGGCCCUCCCAACCCACCCCUGCACUGUGCCUUAAUGGUCACCAUGCAGAGAUAUGCACACUGGACUCCACCUUCUUUUUGCGAUGUUGUGCCAGAGAGGCAUGGCCUCUGCAUGUAGCUGUGUAUGUAUGUACAGAACAGUUGUCAUGGAAACAAUGCUCAACACAUGUGCCAUGACUGAUUAAGAUGAUGUUAGCUACAAAUUAAAGAACUAAUGUCUCCUGCAUUUUAGGGAGUUAAACAAGGAUUUUAAGUUGGGCAUUCCUGAAGCAGUUUAACUCAAAUAUAUCAAGGAUGUGCGCAUAAAAAUUUAUAUAUCUAUCUAUGUAUAGAUAUAUGUAUAUAGAUAGAUAUAUGUAUCUAUAGAAAUAUAUAUAGAGGUAUAUAUUCUAAGUAUGUGAAUGGUACGUAUACACACAUGCACUCGUGUAGCCAGGAACAAAACUCAAGUUUCACUGACUAAUCCCACAUUUCAUCAUCUAAAAAUGUAUGUGCUGGAGCACAUUCUCUUUAUGUCUUGAGACCUGGCUAACAAGCUCUAUUUCUUCUCCUUUGUCAGUUUUGUAUGAUUAUUCUAACCCUUUAUUUGAUAGAUAAGUAGACAACAGAUGAUUGGAUAAGUAUCUUGAUACACAUAUUUGGUCUCUCAACAGUUAACUCAAAUAAAUGUUCACUCUUGUUUUCCAGACAAGACACAUUAGGGAUAGAGUAUAAGUCAAAGGGGUAAUUGAUUACUUUAAGCUAGAGAUGAAAUCCUUCCGAUACAUGACUCUCUGAGUGAGAACCACAGCUGUACAUAUAAUACACAGUUUAUAUAUUGGCUUGAGUAGCCCAGUGAAAAGAUGGAAAGCUAAUUAUUAUUAUGUUAUGUUUCUGCUUUCGAUUAACAUCGCAUACACUGUGGUGCAAACCAGAGAAAGAGGUGGUUCUUAUUUGCAGGGAUUUGGGAAAGGUCUACUUAGAACUUCAACCCCCUUCACUUGUAGGUUCCAGAUAGACUCUGACCAUUUCCAUGGCAGAGGGCAGUCAAAGGGCAACACUUUAAAUGACAUGUUUUCAUGUAAUUACAAGUUUUCAUUUUCAGCAAUCAUGCGUACAUAUAUAGUUUGCUAGCAUUGCCCUUAAAAUAGACUUUUUCUGUUAACCUGAAAUGAUGUGAGAAAUAGAUCAGUAUAUAAAGGAAAUGCAAAUAUUCCUAAAACAGGAUUUUUUUUGAAGCAGUUUGUUGCCAGAUUUGCUACUAUUGCUUUACAAUGCAUGGCUGAACAUUCUGGUAGACAACAGGUAAACUUCUUGCUCUGUCUUACAGUAUAUGAAAAUAAUAACGCUUAGCUGGCUGGUUAAUAUGUAUAUUGUUUUCUAAGAUAUAUAUAUAUAUUUUUUUAAGAGUUAACCGGAAGGGGAUCCAGAACCCAGAUUGUUUUACUCAACAUUUUACACUAAAUACUUA